CCAAACCCAAUAGUUUAUAAUUUUUAGUCGACCAAACGUACGGCGCAGAAAGACCUAAGGAAACCCUCAGCCGCACUGGAUCAUCACCAACACUCACAAAAAGGCAGCGAAGGUGCAGGUUAAGUAUCGUGCGCCCCUCAAUCUCCCAAAGCGUUCCUCCCUCUUGCCCUCUAACGCCACAAUAACAUAACCUCUCUUGUUUCCUUUCUCUCUCAAAAAGGAGAAAAAAAUUACAAAAAAAUUUUAUAAAACCAGAGCUUGAGAGGGAGAGAGAAAGAGAAAACCAGAAAAUUAAAAAAAAAAGAAAAAAAAGAGAGGGGGCAAUGAAGCAAAGCUCAUCUGAGGCAGUCUCCUCAUCGUCUUCGCCUACGCCCAGCUUACCUGACCAAUCACUGCCCGCCACCUCAGCAUCGGUAUCCGAGAACCACCACCACCACAACAAUAGCAAACCCUUGGCAUCGAUAUCCGUGGCGGAUGACUUAGCUGGUGUGGGGUCGAGAGACGGGAACGGUGGGGCCCAGGAAACCGUAACUGUCGAUCGACGAGGAGAAUACUCAGCGGUUUGUAGAUGGACGGUUCAUAAUUUCCCGAGAAUCAAAGCUAGGGCAUUGUGGAGCAAGUACUUCGAGGUAGGCGGUUACGACUGCCGUUUAUUGGUGUAUCCAAAAGGGGACUCCCAGGCUUUGCCGGGUUACAUAUCCAUAUAUCUCCAAAUCAUGGACCCGAGGGGCUCAUCGUCGUCGAAAUGGGACUGCUUCGCUAGCUACCGCUUAGCCAUCGUCAAUCUAACCGACGAUUCCAAAACCAUUCAUCGUGAUUCAUGGCAUCGUUUCUCAAGCAAGAAGAAAUCUCAUGGUUGGUGCGAUUUCACACCUUCUUCUACUGUUUUCGAUUCCAAAUUAGGUUAUCUCUUCAACAGCGACGCCGUUUUAAUCACCGCAGAUAUUUUAAUCUUGAAUGAAUCCGUUAAUUUCACCCGUGAUAAUAACGAUGUUCAAUCCUCAUUGUCUUCUAUGAUUUCUUCUUCUGUUGUUGCCGGUCCCGUUUCUGAUGUUUUGAGUGGCAAAUUCACUUGGAAAGUGCAUAAUUUUAGUUUGUUUAAGGAAAUGAUUAAGACACAGAAGAUAAUGAGCCCGGUUUUUCAUGCCGGCGAGUGUAAUUUGAGGAUUAGUGUGUAUCAAAGCUCGGUUAACGGGCAGGAGUAUUUGUCUAUGUGUUUGGAGAGUAAGGAUACUGAGAAAACAGUUGCUUCCGAUAGGAGUUGUUGGUGUUUGUUUAGAAUGUCAGUGCUGAAUCAGAAGCCGGGGUCGAAUCAUAUGCAUAGAGACUCGUAUGGGAGGUUUGCUGCGGAUAAUAAGAGUGGGGAUAAUACUAGUUUGGGGUGGAAUGACUACAUGAAGAUGUCAGAUUUUGUUGGGCUGGAGGCAGGGUUUUUGGUGGAUGAUACUGCAGUAUUUAGCACUUCAUUUCAUGUGAUCAAGGAGCUUAGUAGUUUUUCCCCCAAGAAUGGAGGGUCAGUAGGAAGGACUGGGAGUGGAGCGAGGAAGUCUGACGGGCAUACGGGGAAAUUCACUUGGAGGAUUGAGAAUUUUACAAGGUUGAAGGAUCUUCUGAAGAAGAGGAAGAUAACAGGUCUUUGCAUCAAGAGCAGGAGAUUUCAGAUUGGAAAUCGGGAUUGUCGUCUCAUUGUUUAUCCUCGAGGACAGUCUCAGCCACCAUGCCACCUUUCUGUGUUUCUUGAGGUUACAGAUUCACGAAAUACUUCCAGUGACUGGAGCUGUUUUGUGAGUCAUCGGCUGUCAGUUGUAAACCAAAAGAUGGAGGAAAAGUCAGUUACCAAAGAAUCUCAGAACCGCUACUCUAAAGCUGCCAAAGACUGGGGUUGGCGUGAAUUUGUGACGCUUACCAGCCUUUUUGAUCAGGAUUCUGGGUUUCUUGUUCAGGACACUGUUGUAUUCUCCGCCGAGGUUCUUAUUCUGAAAGAGACAUCAAUAAUGCAGGAUUUUAAUGAUCAAGAUACUGAGUCAGCAAAUACUGCUCCCCAGAUAGAAAGGGUUGGAAAGAGAAGUGCGUUCACAUGGAAGGUGGAGAACUUCUUAUCUUUCAAGGAAAUCAUGGAAACCCGCAAAAUUUUUAGCAAAUUUUUUCAAGCUGGUGGAUGUGAGCUUCGAAUUGGUGUGUAUGAGUCCUUUGACACCAUAUGUAUAUACUUAGAGAGCGAUCAGUCAUUUGGUAGUGAUCCAGACAAAAACUUCUGGGUUAGAUACAGAAUGGCUGUGGUGAAUCAAAAAAAUCCAGCCAAGACUGUUUGGAAGGAAUCUUCUAUUUGUACAAAGACAUGGAAUAAUUCUGUUUUGCAAUUCAUGAAGGUAUCAGAUAUGUUAGAAGCAGAUGCAGGGUUUCUUGUGCGUGACACUGUUGUUUUUGUUUGUGAAAUACUGGAUUGCUGCCCCUGGUUUGAGUUUUCAGAUCUUGAGGUUUUGGCUUCUGAGGAUGAUCAGGAUGCUCUAACAACUGAUCCUGAUGAACUCAUUGAUUCUGAAGACAGUGAAGGAAUAAGUGGAGACGAAGAAGAUAUCUUUAGAAACCUUCUUUCCCGAGCCGGAUUUCACCUUACCUAUGGAGAUAAUCCAUUGCAGCCACAGGUCACUUUGCGAGAGAAGCUUCUGAUGGAUGCUGGGGCAAUUGCUGGUUUUCUGACUGGACUUCGUGUUUACCUUGAUGACCCAGCCAAAGUAAAACGUUUGCUGCUUCCAACAAAGCUCUCUGGUAGUGGUGAUGGAAAGAAGGUUUCAAAGACUGAUGAUGAAUCUUCACCGAGUUUGAUGAAUUUGCUAAUGGGGGUCAAAGUUUUGCAGCAGGCAAUUAUUGAUCUACUCUUGGAUAUAAUGGUUGAAUGUUGCCAACCCUCAGAAGGAGGUGCACAUGGUGAUUCUUCAGAUGCAAACUCUAAACCUUCUUCUGAUGGUGGCGAAGCAGCUAGCUCACUGGAUUGUGAUCGGGAAAGUGGAGCAGCGGAAUUUGCUCAAUUUCCUAUGUAUGAAAGAUUGGAUUCUUGUGUGGAUGAUGGUAGCACUGCCUCUGCUGUACAAAGCUCUGAUAUGAAUGGGGUUGAUAUCUCUGGAAAAGCUAUUCCUGGACAGCCUAUUUCUCCACCAGAAACAUCUGCUGGGGAUUCCUUAGAGAAUUCCUCACUUCGCUCAAAGACCAAGUGGCCGGAGCAAUCUGAGGAGCUUUUAGGGUUGAUUGUCAACUCAUUGAGAGCCCUAGAUGGAGCUGUUCCACAAGGAUGUCCUGAACCAAGGCGGAGGCCCCAGUCUGCACAAAAGAUUACUCUUGUAUUGGAUAAAGCUCCUAAGCAUCUGCAGCCUGACCUAGUUGCAUUGGUGCCUAAAUUGGUAGAGCAUUCAGAGCAUCCACUGGCUGCUUAUGCGCUUCUUGAACGACUUCAAAAGCCAGAUGCAGAGCCUGCGUUGCGAAUACCUGUAUUUGGAGCUCUUAGUCAACUAGAAUGUGGUAGUGAAGUGUGGGAACGUGUCUUAUUUCAAUCUUUUGAGCUCUUGACAGAUUCAAAUGAUGAACCUCUGGUUGCAACCAUGGAUUUCAUCUUUAAAGCUGCAUCCCAAUGCCAACAUCUUCCAGAAGCAGUUAGAUCUGUUCGUGUUAGGCUAAAAAAUUUGGGCCCAGAGGUGUCUCCUUGUGUUCUUGAUUUUUUAAGUAAAACUGUAAAUAGUUGGGGAGAUGUUGCUGAGACCAUUCUAAGAGAUAUUGAUUGUGAUGAUGAUUUCGUUGAAAAUUGCUCGGCUAUGGCUUGUGGGUUCUUCUUGUUUGGUGAAAAUGGAUCUACUUCUGAAAGAUUGCAUGUGGUGGAUGAGCAGGUUUUUUGUGCUUCUACUCAUCAUUUUUCUGACAUUUUUGUCCUGAUUGAGAUGCUAUCCAUACCUUGCCUUGCUGUUGAAGCUUCUCAAACAUUUGAGAGAGCUGUGGCUCGAGGAGCCAUUGUGGCUCAGUCUGUAGCCAUGGUCUUGGAAAGGCGUCUAGCUCAGAGAUUGAAUCUUAAUGCCAGAUAUGUUGCUGAAAGCUUUCAGCAUGGGGAUGCUGUAGUAGAGGGAGAAGCCAGUGAGCAGCUCAGGUCUCAACGGGAUGAUUUCACUUCAGUUUUGGGUCUUGCUGAGACAUUGGCACUCACUAGAGACCCUCGUGUCAGGGGCUUUGUGAAAAUGCUUUAUACAAUAUUGUUUAAGUGGUACGUUGAUGAGUCCUACCGAAUGAGGAUGCUGAAGAGACUUGUUGAUCGUGCCACCAGCACUACAGAAAAUAGUCGUGAAGUAGACUUAGAUUUGGAUAUUUUGGUUAUUUUGGUUUCUGAGGAGCAAGAGGUUGUUAGACCUGUUCUAAGCAUGAUGAGGGAAGUUGCUGAGCUUGCAAAUGUUGAUCGGGCAGCCCUUUGGCACCAGUUAUGUGCUAGUGAAGAUGCAAUUAUCCACAUGCGGGAAGAGAGAAAGGCUGAAAUAACAAAUAUGGUCAGGGAAAAAGCUACUUUAACCCAGAAAUUAAGUGAAUCUGAGGCUACAAAUAAUCGACUCAAGUCUGAAAUGAGGGUUGAGAUGGAUCGCUUUGCCCGGGAAAAGAAAGACCUUUCUGAACAAAUACAGGAGGUUGAGAGUCAACUUGAGUGGCUUCGCUCAGAGAGGGAUGAUGAAAUUGCAAAACUCACUACUGAGAAGAAAGCACUACAGGAUCGUCUUCAUGAUGCAGAGGCACAGCUCUCCCAGUUGAAGUCUCGGAAACGUGAUGAGUUGAAGAGGGUAGUAAAGGAGAAGAAUGCUCUUGCUGAAAGAUUGAAGAGUGCUGAAGCUGCACGGAAAAGAUUUGAUGAAGAAUUGAGACGGUAUGCUACAGAAAAUGUUUCUCGAGAGGAAAUUCGUCAAUCACUUGAGGAUGAAGUUCGUAGAUUGACACAAACAGUUGGGCAAACUGAAGGUGAAAAGCGGGAAAAAGAAGAGCAGGUUGCUAGAUGUGAAGCAUAUAUUGAUGGCAUGGAAUCAAAGUUGCAGGCCUGCCAGCAAUAUAUUCACACCCUUGAGGCCUCACUUCAAGAAGAAAUGUCACGACAUGCUCCCCUCUAUGGUGCUGGUCUGGAAGCUCUAUCCAUGAAGGAGUUGGAAACAUUGUCUAGGAUUCAUGAGGAAGGACUCAGGCAAAUCCAUGCCCUUCAGCAGCGUAAAAGCAGUCCUGCUGGCAGUCCUCUUGUGAGUCCGCAUACUAUCCCCCACAAUCAUGGGUUAUACCCUACAACACCACCAUCAAUGGCUGUUGGACUGCCACCUUCCCUCAUCCCUAAUGGUGUAGGGAUCCAUGGCAAUGGGCAUGUGAACGGGGGGGCUGUUGGGCCUUGGUUCAAUCAUACUUGAUUUCUAGGGCCAUAUGUUCCUUUGUGUCAAUGCAUUUACUUACCCCAUAGAGCUGGUUAACAUCUCAAUUCUACGAGAUGUUUUUUUUUUUUUUUUUAAUUUCCUUUUUUUGGCAUUUUUACUGGGGGAACUGUUGGAGCUCAUUUGUGUGGAGAAAGAAACAAUAAGAGAGAUCUGUCCCAUUCCCGGGUCAAGGAACGGCCUGGGUAGUGUUCUGGUGAUUGAAUGUCUGCAAUUCCAAUAGAACUAACAGUUGGAAAUGCCAUUUACCUCUUUGCUUCAAUUUUUAUAUAAGUUUUAAUCA